AUGGAAGCUCCGGCGAAGCCCAGCGUCGCUCCUAACCACUCGACGCUCACGAAGCGGCUGGCGGGCCAGUCCGUCGCCUUCGCUUGCUAUGGCGGCGGAGGCGACUGCGACUGCCCGAUUGACGUGACGGGCGACAACGGCGGUGUGCUCAUCAACGUCUAUCCCGGGUACCAAUGCGCCUAUGCUGGUGGUGCAUGCACUUGGGACGACAAGACUGGCGCGCUCCAGAACACGAUGCAGACGAACUGCCCGACCGUGGCGCCCUGCAGUGCUAGUAGUGGUUGCGAGUGUCCGGCCGACCUUAACGGUGACACCGGUGUCUUGAUCAACCAGUUUACUGGCUACCAAUGCGCGUACGUUCACGGCGCUUGUACUUGGGACUAUUCGGGGAACCUCCAGAACACGGACCAGACCAACUGCCCAACAGACGUGCCUUGUGCACAGUCGGCUGGGGAUGGCUAG